GACAAACGUAAUUAAAAUCUCUCCUGCUGCAUGGGCCAGGUCUCCCCCCCACAAGACUGUGAUAGGACAGGGGCGAGAGCAAUAGGACGAUCGACGUUGGCCGGCCGUGCCCCGUUGCAGUUUCGAGAGUAAAGGCAUUUUAGGUCACGCCGCGUCCCGCAGUGGACGUCAAUAAUUUAUGUGAGGGAAGGUCCUGCAACGUGGCUGCUCGUGAGGACAGCCAUUUGGCUCAAUUCUUCUAUAAAUAGCUAGCGAACUUACAGUUUGCAGUACGCAUUCACAAGCUCAUUUGCACCGUAUAGCUAGCAAACUAAUAUAGCCAUCUGGAAUUAUUCAAUAUCGGGAAACUCAGUUUCCAUCUACCGCCACAACUUUUUCCGGCGAAUCAGAACCACCCCCUAAGAGAGAAUGGCAUCCGGUAACAACGCAUUCCCACCGCAAACCCAAAAGGAGCAGCCGGGUUUGGAGUAUCUCAUGAACCCUCGCCCUCAGUUUGCUAACCCUGACUACAAGCCCUCCAAUAAGCUAUCCGGGAAGGUGGCAAUUGUAACUGGUGGCGACUCUGGUAUCGGGAGGUCUGUUUGCUACCAUUUUGUGAUGGAGGGGGCGACAGUAGCGUUCACUUAUGUGAAGGGCCCAGAGGAUAGGGAUAUGGAGGAAACACUUCAGAUUCUUCAAAGAGUGAAGAGACCUGAAGCCAAGGAUCCGAUUGCGAUUCCCACUGACGUGGGAGUUGACGAAAACUGCAAGCAAGUUGUGGACCAAGUGAUGAAGGCCUUUGGUCAGAUUGAUAUUCUAGUUAACAAUGCAGCUCUGCAGUACGAGGACGACUCAGUCGAGGACUUUAAUCCCCAGUUGAUUGAGAAGGUGUUCAGGACUAAUAUCUUUGCUCAUUUCUUCAUGAUCAGGCAUGCGGUGAGGCACAUGAAGGCAGGGAGUAGCAUCAUCAACACGACGUCGGUUAAUGCAUACCAUGGGCACUCCAAGCUGCUAGUGUACACAUCAACAAAAGGGGCCAUUUUGGGUCUGAUAAGGGCGCUGGCUCUGCGUCUGGCGGAGAGGGGCAUAAGGGUCAAUGGGGUUGCCCCCGGCCCCAUCUGGACCCCACUCAUCCCCUCCUCCUUCAAAGCCGACGAGAUCCCCAGUUUUGGAACCGAAACUACGAUGGGCAGGGCAGGUCAGCCACAUGAGAUUGCACCCUCCUUUGUCUUUCUUGCCUCUAAUGCUGACUCCUCUUACGUCACCGGCCAAGUCCUCCACCCUAAUGGAGGCAGCAUAGUCAAUGCUUAACAGGUUGCUUUGUGUACGUAGAGAAACAGACACACUAACAUGUGGAGAGGGAGGUCCCCUAUAUAAUAUCUACGUGUGUAUGCAUGUGUAUGUGUGUUUUUUACCUUCUGCCUUAAGAGUGGUAGCACAUAUGUAUCAUGUACAUUUACGAGUCGUCUGCUUUGUACGUCGGACUUGGGUUUGGGUGUAUGUUUCAUUCGAUCCAUGUACUCUUUUUAUCUGUAUGUUUCUUUGGAGCACUAGUUAAUGCAUCAAGGUACAUGCAUGUGCUAUCCAUUUAUAUGGAAUAAAUAAAGUAAAAAAUAAAAGUUAUAAAAAUAAAGAAAA